AGCCGCCGGGACGCGCGUGCGCCAAUCCAGCCUGCGCUUGUUGAGGGUGAAGGAGGAAGGACAAACGUCGCUCCUUUGGCGACAGAGGCGGACCGUUUCGGGCUAGGCCGAGGAAGGAGAAGACGCCACCAUGUCUGCUUUGUUACCAAAACCUCAGAUGAGAAAUCUCUUGGCCAAACGUACCAGAAUCUUUAGCUCCAUAGGUGCUGCCAUUACUGUAUUGGUUUCAGUCUCAUACUGGUAUUUUAUAGCUGAAAACAGGGCAAAAGUAUAUGCAGAGUUCUAUAGGACCUAUGAUCCCCAAAAGGAUUUUGAGGAAAUGAGAAAAGCUGGAGUAUUUCAGAACGUGCCACCUGAUGACUGAUCAUAGGCAGGUAUCCUUGGAUAAUGUACUUGGUUACUUGACAACUGAACAUAAGUGUUCCAGUGGUUGACCUGUACCUUUAAAUCUUUAAUGCACAUCACGUACUAUAGUAUUGUUCGUGAAAUAAAGUACUUAUGUCAAAACCUC